UCAUGCUAAGGAAGCGUUGACGUGCCGAAGCAGUGGCGUGUGGGCCCCCAGAUAGCAAUACCUGCCAUCCAAACGCAAGUAAAGUGUACAAAAAACAAAAAAAGUGGACUGUCUCCCGCAUUACAUGUAGAUAGCUGACCCUCUGGCAACCUGCGGUCUGACAAUGGGAGCGAAUAACAGUACCCGCCGCGUCUCAUUUGAGUCAGAUGAGAACGAGAAUAUAACGGUGGUGAAGGGCAUACGGCUCUCUGAGAAUGUCAUCAACCGCAUGAGGGAACCUGUUACUCCACCUAAACAUGAACAAGCCCCCACACCGCCACCUUCCAUGGCACCUCCCCUCGCUCCUUCUCCUCUCCUGCGGCCAGUGCCUCCCCUCUUUGACCCGAUCACCUCCUUGCCUCCUCCCCCUCCCGUUGUAGAACCUGUUGCACCUCCACCUCCUCCUCCACCAGCUCCAUUUGCCACAGAGACAGUGGCUGCUCCUCCACCAACACCUCCUCAGCCUCCUACAGAACAGAUUGAACCCGUCGUUGCUCACCCUCUUCCCGAGUCGGAACCCCUCUCUUCCCCUCCUGUUUUUGAGCCUGUCGCCAUCCUGCCAGUCCUACAUCAUUCAGGGGACACUUUAUCCCCGCAGCCUGCUGAGCCAUUUGCUGCACCUCCCCUUCCUGAGUUUACUGCUCCUUGUGAACCAGUUGCACCUCCUCCCCAGCCCCGAGUGGAGCCAGUAUCCCCUGCUCCUGUCCCUGAGCCAGUGGUAGUGCCUGAGUCGAGUUCGGCCCCACCACCUCCUGCUGCACCGCCCGUUGAUGAAGAGGCCCUAAGGAAGAAGAUCACUGAUGAGCUGUAUAAAAGCUUGGACCAGGACAGGGCUAAGGCAGAGCAAGAGCUGCAAGCCUGGCUGGAGGAAGAGAAGGCUCGGUCAGCAGCCCAGGCUCAGGCUGACGCCCAGUCCCAGGUCCAGGGUGAAGUGUCCAGGCUUCUGUCUGUGGAGCGCACCAUGGCCCAGGAGAGCCUCCAGCAGGCUGUAAUAAGAGAGAGGAUUGCCACCGAGGAUGAGAGGCUGCGCGCUCAACUCUUUGCGAAACAGCUGGAGGCAAGAGAAGCAGACUUAAAGAAGCAGGAUGCUUUCUACAGAGAGCAGGUGGCACGGCUGGAGGAGAGGAGCGCUCAGUUCUACAAGGUCACCACAGAGAACUACCAUAAAGCUGCCGACCAAGUGAAUGCCAAGUUCAAGCGGUAUGAGAUGUAUCCUGUGUGUGCAGACCUGCAGGGCCAGAUCCUUGCAUGCUACAAAGAGAACGUUGGAAAAACCCUGAACUGCUCCAACAUAGCAUCCCUUUACCUACAGUGUGUCAACAACGCAAAACAGAAAAACAAGUAUGCGCAUGCACCCUCAUGGACAGAUGAUAUAACAAGUUGAGGACCGGGGGAUAAAGACGAGAGAGAAAGAAAGAGGGAGCAAUGAAGAGUUUAUGGUGUGGGAUUACUUAUUAUCGACCGACUGACAGACAGACCAAACCGGAGCGGAGGAAGCGAGGCACGAGUCAGCACCAAGACACACACCCUGUAAACCCCCGUGGAGAACCGAACCAAACCAGACUAGAGGCACCGAACACAGCACCCUGAGAGAGAAAUAGACACGUUUUUCCCCUGGAUUCCUGUCCCCUUUCCCCACUUCUCUUACCAUUUGUCUAUCUCUCCUUUGAGUAUGUAGGGAGUGACACUGUCUGCCUUUUUAAAGCGACAGCAGGGGCCGACGGGACCCAGCAGGCCUGAGCUUGGCCCGCUAAAAAGGACAGUAAAAAACGAAACCGGAACGAACACAAGAAAGCAAGCCACCUCUGUCGCAGGCCACUUGGACCCAUCCCUUCUCACUCCAGCACUGUUAGGAAAUUAGAAGUCUAUUUUUACUAAUAAAAGUCAGUCCUAUUUUGUUGUCCAUAAAUCAUUGAAAUCAUUGUGUUCCUGCUUCUAAUGCACUAUCCUGUACACAAAAUACACAUGUAUGCAUCUGUUUCUUCUUUGCAUCUGUUUCGUGUGAGUUUGUGUUAUGUUAAUAAUGUAACGACAUGCAUGUUGAGUAUUCAUCCAGAACAACGCUUGUGACAAUGUCUGAUCAGAGGAAAUAAAAGACAAAACAA